AUGGCUGGAACCUACUUUCCUGCCAUGAUUCGCUCUGCAGGUUUUCUGGUUAUCGUGUGUUUUACUAUUGCAAGUGCCUGGCCGGAGUGGCCUGCAGAGUCCCAUUACUCCGGUGUUUCCUAUGGGCCAACACCAUUCUGGUGCAAACCCAACGGUCUUGAAUGUUUAAACGGUAGGACCUAUGCAGACAACCCUCGUGGUCAAAAUACCACCGCUGAUCUCAGUACAACUAAAUCGGUGCAGAGAAUCAACCAUGAGUUCUGCAACCUCACCAACUUUGGUGGUCCCGGUGCAAAGGUUCCAUGCGUAGAGUAUUGGCAGGAAGACGGACGAGUAUUCAUCGCUGCUGAUAACUUCUGUUGCCAAGGUUACGGAUCACCCGGAUUAUUUCCCUUGAAAGUACCACAGACAAACUGGAUGACGAAGCAGAUGAAACUACAGCGUGAACUUGGAUACUACAAGGGUGAAUUUUAUGACGGGAAGGUGUACAACUAUACAAUGAACUUUAAACCUGGACCUCCCCCCUCAUCAGAGAUCGAACAGCCGCCCCCACCAGGUGGAGGCGUUAUCCACUUCUGGUAUUACGCUUCGUAUCCAGAUAAGAAACCGGUGGCUCAGGGAGAAGGGUGUGUAAUUGAUGUGGCUCUGGCCUCUAGAUGUGUUGGCAACGCUCCAGUCUACUUGUUCACAGAGUAUCGCUUGUUCUCCUCCACAACCUUCAAUAACUACACAGAGUUUGAAAUUCCAACUCAGUGUAAAGACAACAGAAAAACGGACUGUUACAACAAAGGUGGUGGACCUCCCCCAUUGUUUUAA